AUGCCCAAAUUCUCGCCGCGCGCUUGCAUCUUUGGUAUCUCAACCUUGUUAUUGUUGUAUACGCUAGCAGUAGCUGUCAUUUCGUUCAGGGGAUUGAACAUAACCACUUUACAUCUUACUCAACCUUUCUUGAUUGGGUACUCGAUCGCAUACGCUGUUGCAUCGCCUUUGGCAUUAUGGGGAAUAAUUGGAUCUUUGCAGAAUAGACCAGAUUUAGUGUCCCGGUAUAUGAGAGAUCACUGGUUUGCAACUGUUUUGUUGACAAUAGUCGAUGCAAUCAAGGUUGUAUUUUCGUUUCUCCGCGCGGAUAAUACGAUAAGUGUCUGCUUGCAGUCAACCGCAGGAGAUGAUUGUAAUAGAAAGGUCCAACUGAGUCAACUCCUUGGAGUUAUAAUAUUUGGUGUUCAAGAAUUAUCCCUGAUAUCCUUGGGCAUACUUGUUGUCUACAGCACUAGAAGGAUGUUAAGGGAAGAAAAAGAAAAACGAAACGUCAAUCCGUAUAGAGACCUAGAAGCGCCAAUAAACAGAGAUGGAGUAGAAUCACUUGCUACAAUUGAAGUGCUUCAUCGACAAUACGCAGCUGCCAACUCGAUGCCAAAACCUUCCAAUACUUCCGAAAAUGACUCGUCCAACAUCUCCCCUUCCACAAAGGAUAAUGCGCGAGAACCAAAGGGCACACAGAUAGGGGCAGAUUUAGAGGAAUCGCGUAAUCUUAAACGAGUGCAAACGCGAACAUUUGUUCCUGUUCGACAGCCAAUAAUGCCACAAAACUCGGUGGCGCCAUCUACGGUUCAGCGACAAGAGUCCCUACGCGACUUCCGACAAUCUCAGAUGCCCCCAUCCGCGUAUACAAGACCAUAUCGUCAAGAGUAUUCCGAACAAGUAGUUCAGACAAAUGGACGUCAAGCACAGUACAAGUACUCUCUCCCCCCUCGACCGUAUCAAAACCGACGGAUAAUUACCCAACAACAGGGAAAUAUUAAUAUACAACAACAGGGAAAUAUUAAUAUACAACAACAGCAAUAUCUGCCAUAUGAUCGAUAUCAGCAGCGUCAGCAAUAUCAACCACCUCAGCAAGCUUACAAUCAGGCACCUCAAGCGCCCCCACGCCGUCCUAGACUUCGACCACGAUCACAAACUUUACCAGAACCCUUCUACCAGUUCAUCGAAUCCGAUGUAACAGCAGAGCCACCCUCUACUUUUAGACCGGAACGUCAACCUUACCCCGGACCAAUAAAGGACUCGAAAACUCAACCUUACCCCGAUAACAGACCUCUUCCUAUCCCACCAUCUGGACUUGUACCACAAUCCUUUGCGUUUCCCCCCGCAAAUUCUGAUACCGCUCCUUCCGGUCGGCUCUCUCAACGGUUUCAACCACAGUUAUCACCGGUAGUCGAAGCCAAUGAUCCCAGACGCCGACAGCGUCGGCAGAUGUAUCCACAUCAAAUGAGACAUUCGGCAUCACUCCCGGACAUACGCUAUGUAGAAAAUAUGGAUGCGCCGCCGGUGCCGUCACUUCCUGUACAGUAUGCGGCCCAGGCGGUAUCGAACGGUUUCCUGAAUCCGUACGAGAUGGCAAACCCUUAUGACGAACCAUCACCAACAUCAUCCAUGUUCGGACAUGCCGAGUCGUCUGAGGCCUCAUCACCACGAAGGGCACGGUCGAAAUCUUGGUCUUCACGAGGAAGUGGUGUUGAACUGUACCAAAGCUAUAACUCUUAUGCAAACCAGAUCCAGUCGACUAAUCAAGAAUUUAUUCCACCACCGGUGCCGCAACUGACAGGGUAUGCCAACAGAUAUCAAGGAAGGAUGCUCAGAAGAAAUGAUCAGGAAUAUGGGUAA